UUUCCUGUGGGUCGUAUCCAUAGGCAACUUAUGACCAGGGUUUCAGCACAUGGAAGAGUUAGUGCCACUGCUGCUGGUUACACAGCUUCGAUCCUAGAGUACCUGACUGCAGAAUUUCUUGAGUUAGCUGGAAACGCAAGCAAAGAUCUGAAAGUGAAGAGGAUAACUCCAAGGCAUCUGCA